AUGUUUAUAAAAAACUUCUUUAAGAAACAAUCCAGAUUUGAGAGAAAACUAUUCGAAUCCUCAAUAUUCGAUAAUCAAGAGACUGUGGAUCUGGAAGAUGUCAAGUAGAUGUUGCAAGGUAGAUUUGUUUCAAUAGUAUCUAGGAUUUCCUUGUCUGUCCGAAAUUGAUUAACUAGUUUAAAGUAUGACUAUUGUUCAAGUGUGUCGUGAAUUCCUAAGACUCAUCCCCCAAACACUAGACAAUCAUAAAAAGCUAAAAGUUCUGCUCACCAUGCAUGUGCUUAUGGGAGAUGUCAAACAUGGUAGAUUAUUUGUAUAGUAAUUAAAUUACUUUAAUGGUUGGGCACCUACCAACAAAGAGGACAUCCUCAAUAAGUUCAUCGGCAUUCAAACGAUGAUAAUCCAUAAACUCUCCUGCAUCUAAGAAAUAUCAAAUAGAAGCAAACUAAAAAUCAACAUUGAGGUCCUCUUCAAAGAUAUAGAUACAUCGGUCAUUCAAUUCUACAAAGCUAUCAAUUGUCUAAACUUCAUCCUAGCUUAAUAUGAUGUAUUAAUAUCUCCUAGUUUCAGCUAUUCCUCAGUAUCUCUAAACUCCACAACAGAACAGUGGUCAUGGAAAUUUACUUACUAAUCUGGAACGAUCUAAUAGCCAUGUAUUUGAUGCUUGAAAGGUACGGUUUAUGAAUUCUCUUUUUAAGUAUUGUAGGUUCAUACGACAAUUUAUGGAGUGUUACACACAGCUAGAUCAGAAAUAAGCAUUGCAAGUCUAUGAACUAUUUAACGAAUAUAACAAAUUGACAGCCUCUGUGAGAUAAUUUGGAUCCAUCAGUAACAAUUUCAAAAAUUGCAACAUCUCCCAACCUAAGUAAUCUCAUCUCAUAUUCUAGAUGGUAUGUUCCAACAAAAAAAGAGUAGGAUGAAUUGCAAUUGUAUUUUCAGAAUGUCAAAAUUUAUUUAACAAGUAGAACCAAAAGAUAGAAAAUUGAGAAAUCAGCUUCCUAAGUUUUGAGAGUAUGUCAGAGCACAGAUAGAAAUUAUAGAAAAUCAACUUCAUUUGUUGGGCCAAAAGGAGAUAACUUUCUUCAAAAUACUACUCUAGGGUAUAUGAAAAAAAUAUCUACUGCUACAAAUCCAAUUGCAUUUUAAUACACAUUUGAAAGCGAAUCAAAAACUGAAAUUUAAUAGAAAUGA